GGAACAAUAAUUCCUUAUCCGAAAAGAAAUUUUAUUUAUUAUUGUAUUUCGGAAGAACGAGGUUGUGACCGUACACUUUCUGCACUUCCUGUCUGAAAAACACUCAAAAGUCGGAAAACCUUUCGCCUUCUCGUUUUUUCCAUUGCGACUUGUCGGUUUUCACUUUCUCCGACUUUCUCGCUCUCUCGUUCUCUUGACAUGUUAUCAGUUUCUUCUUCUUCUUCUUAUUGGCAAGCUCUGAGCCGACUCGGCGCUCUCUCUGUGCCCUCACACAGUCACCACCGAUCAUCGGUGCCGUCGCCGGCGACAAACUCUCAGCCUCUCUUCCAUUGCUCUCUCACCGGCUUCCGAGACAUUUCUCCGGCUACUUCGCCGGCCAAAUCCAACGCCGUUUCGUUCACAAGUACGGACACCAGCAAAAUAAAUGAUCAAAAGGAUGGUGUUCAAGGAAACAGAGGCGAAGAAGGUGAAGAGGAAGAAGAAGAAGAAGGAAAAGGGAUUUCUAGAAUACGAGUUCCCAGACAGAAAUACAUCCCCAUUUCCAAAGCCGAGCUCUUAGACGGCAUCGUUUCGAACAUGUUCGACGCUGACGCUGAUGAUACCAAGCAGUUUCUUCUCCUCUCCUCUUGCUUGGAUUCCAUACUUCAUGCUGAGCACAAGAGAAUUUUGGAAGAAAUGCGUGCUGAUUAUUUCGUUUCUCAUCGCACUGAGAAUGGGCAAAGGAAACAUGAAGGGUCGCCGAAUCCGAAUGGGAAAGUUGUGGGUAAAGGGGAGGACUCCGAGUCUGCCAUUAAUGGAAUUGGGAGCUUGGAGGAUGAAGACACUGAACUCAGCAACCUAAAGCCAUUCAGCUAUGUUUUCGAUUUGAGAAAUCUCUUGGUUUCUUCGCCUAAGAAUGAAAAAAGUGUUGCUGUUGCCACUCGUUUUCAACGUGCUUUCAUGCAACUACUUUAUGAUGCUCAGUUUGAAGAAUUAUCAGCCAGGGAUUUGAUGCUGACAUCUGCACUGAACUCAGAUUAUCUCCUUACUUUGCCUAUAUAUGUUGAUUGGAAGAAAGCAUCAGAAUCCAAUGCAAUAAUAUUCAGACGAGGAUAUGCGACUGAGACACAGAAAGGCCUCCUACUUGUUGAAAAAUUGGAUUAUCUACAGUCGAAGCUUCUGAGAGGAAUCUUCUUCAUUAUAUCAAAACCAUUGGGGAAACUUGGCAGGUGGUUAACUGAGGCUUUCAAUGAUGGUGGGAAAACACAAGAAGCGCAAGAGUGGACUAAGAGGUUAAAGCUCUGGCUAAAGGAUUAUCUUCUUUUUGAGCAGUCAUUUCAAUAUGAUGAAAGGACUUCUGAUGGUCCACUAGGAGUAGACCAACUAUCAGAUACGGAUCUUCCUAUUUGGCUGGCAGCACAAAGGGCAGUGUCUCGUUAUGAAGGAUUGUUGUCACCAGUUGGUCCGCGGGGAAGGCUCUUAAGGAAGUUGCUUACUUGGAUUGGACUUAUUCCUCCUACACCAGAAACACCAUUUGAUGUUGACAGUGAUGCUAAUGCUUCUGAACCUAAUACAAGGUCCAUUUUUUUAUCAAGGAUAUCACUUAGUGAUAUAUGGAGACCUGCUACAAGGAAAUACUGUGGAAACGAUAUUUGGAAAAUGUUAAAAACUUCUAUUUCCAUUCUUCUCUCACAGUCAACCCUCCAGAACUUGGGUUGUCAGAUUCUUGGGUUCGGACACGAGUUUCUAAAGUUCUUGAAGGGAUCUUCUCUUUUCCAGUUUACUGUCGUUAUGUUCCUUGUUGCCACUAGAGCAUUCCAAGAAUUGAUUUUGCUUUAUACCGAGGAAGUAGAUAAAGGGGAUACUGAAAUCAAAUCCGAGGUUCCAUCGUCGCAGUUGAAGAUAUAUGAGAGAAUUCCCAUUCCAGAAUUACCAGUUGUCUUUCCUCACAAAAAGCUAUCUUUCCGUAUCAUAGACACGGUACGCUUGGAUGCUGCCACGAUAGUGGGGCUUUUGGCAUACAUCAUAAACUACAAGUUUGAGAAUCUCUUUUCUCCGUCAGCAAUAUUUCUUGAUGUGGUUGCUAUAAGUGCCCUUAUAAUAUAUGUGACCCGUGUGGUUCUUGGUUACAAACAGACAUGGGACAGAUAUCAACUAUUAGUCAAUAGAACACUUUACGAAAAGACUCUAGCAAGUGGAUUUGGCUCAGUUCAUUUUCUUCUCGAUGCUUCUGAACAACAGCAAUACAAGGAAGCCAUUUUGGCCUAUGCAGUCAUGCUCAAAGUGGAGAAGGGCAAGAUCACCAGUCAUCGAAGCGUGGGAAACGAAUGUGAGAAAUUCAUGUAUGAUACAUUUAAAGUGAAGGUAGAAAUGCCAGUUGAGAAAGCAACAAAUACAUUGUUGAGGCUUGGCCUUGCAGCUGAAGCUCCCGUUAAUGGAAGAAUGACCCUGCAGGCAGUGCCUUGUUCAAAGGCAUAUGAGGCUCUUCAGCAACGUUGGAACAGUUUGCUUGGUUCGGGUUGAUAUUUAUUAUCCAUUUUAUUAGGAUCUUAAUAUUGUAUUAUAUCAUUUAUUCUUGUAAAUUGUUAGAGAACUUUAGUCACAAAAAGCCUCUAAUUCUUAUCUUAUAGAAAAAGGUGUAAUAUAAAUCUUCUUUCUUUCUUUGUUUAUUUUAUCUUUUCAGACUUUUUUUUUUAGUACCAUGAAA